AUGUGUGAGACUUGCUGCCCAUACAAGAUCUGCAAGGAUCCAGAACUUCUCAAGGCUAAGCUUAACGAGCACGUUCGUUAUGUCAACGCCAUCCAGGCUAUCCUCUACUUCAAGAAGCCAAUCCAAUUCGGAGUUAUCUUUGUUCUUGUUAACUUACUCUUCUUCUUCAUUGGCUACUUCCACCUUAGCUUCUUCCCAACAGUUGCUUUAUUAGCCUUACUUUACAACUUAGGAAAGCUUCUCUUCUCUUUCAUUGGUGAUAAGAUUGUUGACUUCCUCUUCCCAGCUGAAGUUCCAAUGGGCGAGGCUACAGAAUCAAACCACAUCCGUUCUGCUGAUGAAGUUGCUGCUUGCAUCUCCUGCUGCGUUCGAAAGUGCGAUGGCUGCCCAUGCCACUGCAAUGGCGGCAUCCCAAUCAAGAAGAUUGCUAUCAUGGCCGGCCUCUUUGUUUUAUUCCUCUUAGCAGGCACAUUCUGGCUCAACUUCGUUAUUGUCAACCUUGCUCUCAUUCUCCCAGGUGUUCUCCUUCUCCCACAGGUCAACCCAUACGUCCUCAAGGCUAAGGAUGCUAUCUGCCCAUGCAAGGCUAAGGCUGAGUGA